AUGCCUGCUGCCGGCUCUACCCCCAACGGUCGCUCCAAGGGCUCUAAAAAUACACCCAGCUCCUUAGUGGUGACCCUUAAGCUGUCCCCGGACAUGCUACAGUCCUUCAUGGACAAUGCCACCGACCGAAAGCCCUCGAAUCUUUUCCCUCCCGGCAAGGGUCUCGAACGUUCCUCGCCGGCCUCGUCUACUGAAGUCCCGGCCGUUCGUCCUUCCUCUGCGGACAAUGACUCCAACGCCGAUGCGAACUCGACCCCGGCCGCCGGUGCAACUCCAGCCGCCGAUACCCCGCGCCGGAAGGGUGUUCCGGGUCCUAAGCCUGGCAACAAGCGCGCAAACGGGCAGACCGAGCCCACCGCACGUGCUAGAGGUAGACCAGGGCCGAAGAAGAAGCCGCGACUGGAAGAAGGUGCCGAUGCUGCCAAGUUGCCGGCCGCAACUCGACUGGGACCAAAGGCCAACACCGGCGCUAUCAAUGCUGGACUGCGCGCCCUCGACCGUACCGGAGCUCCCUGCCGCAAGUGGGAACGCCAGCCUCUGAAGCUGAGAAGCUUCACUGGCGUUCUCUGGCAACUGCCUUCCUGGCGCGGCCACCACCUGGCCAAGUCUGAGUCCAGCGAGUCCAAGGUUGCUGCCCUUGAGAGCGGCGAUAGCGACACGAAGGCCGGACUUACUGCUCCUGGUACCGACACCCUCAAUGGCAGCAGUGCUGUUCCCAGCGAGAAGAGCAAUUCCGGUGAUGGAGAUGUCACCCCCGUUCCAUCGAACAUUGUCGAGCCGUCGUCGCCCGCCAUCGCUAUGGCUGCUUAA